AUGGCGUGGGCAGAACCCCGCAACACUGGUAUGAUCUACCGAAGGUUGGGUAGAUCCGGCCUCCAUGUCUCGGCAAUUGGCCUUGGUGGGUGGCUCACUUUUGGCGGCCACGUCGAGGACGAGAAGACUUUUGAGUGUAUGAAGCAGGCGUACGACCUUGGUGUCAACUUUUUCGACACGGCUGAGAACUACACUGCCGGCAAGUCAGAAAUCGUCAUGGGCAAAGCCAUCAAGAAAUAUGGCUGGAAGCGCACCGACUUGGUUAUUACCACAAAGCUCAACUGGGGUGCACACAACGGCGAAAUCUUGGUCAACAACCACGGCCUAUCUCGCAAGCAUAUCAUCGAGGGACUCGAGGCGUCACUCGAGAGACUCGAUCUUAAGUACGUCGACGUGGUAUACGCACACCGGCCGGAUCGCCUUACACCUAUGGAAGAGACUGUCAGAGCCUUCAACUAUGUGAUCGAGAAGGGGAUGGCUCUGUACUGGGGAACAUCCGAAUGGAGCGCGGAUGAGAUCGCGGAGGCUGUUGGAAUUGCCCGGGAUUUGCGCAUGAUUGCGCCUAUUGUGGAGCAACCUUUUUACAAUAUCCUUACCCGUGACCGUGUCGAGGGCCAGUUCCAACGCCUUUAUUCGCGCUACGGUCUCGGUCUGACGACUUUCAGUCCCCAGUUCUUUGGCAUGCUGAGCGGCAAAUACAACGACGCGCUCGAUGCCCCACCAGAGGACUCCCGGUUCUCGGUCAGUAAGGAUGGGUUCGCCGAGCAGAUGCGCAAGACGUACGGCGACGACUCCUGGAAAGCAAACAUUGCCAAGGUCAAGAAGCUCAAGGCCGUCUCUGAUCGUUUAGGGAUAACGCAGAGUCAGCUUGCAGUAGCAUGGUGUCUGAAGAAUCCUAACGUCUCCACCGUCAUCACCGGAGCCAGUAGGCCAUCACAGAUUGUUGAAAACGUCAAGGCUCUGGAGGUGCUAGACAAGCUCACCCCCGAAAUUAUGAACGAGAUUGACGAGAUUACUGGUGUCAAGGUUACCCCCGACCCUGCCAGGCAGUCAUGA